AUGAUGAAAAGAGGAAUAAGCAGGACUCCACAACCUCGAGAUUUAAUUGGGCCAGUUGACACUGUAUCUAAUUUACGUCCCAUUAAAUAUGUAAUAAACUUUGACGAAACAAAACUAGAAGAAAAAUUAAGAAAGCAAAGAAACGAACUACAAAAUUGGAAUCAAUUAUUUUGGGUAGAACAUAAUAAAUGUUUUAAAAAUGAAAAGAAAAAAUUCGAAAGCAAAAUAUUAGAGAAAAAAAAUUUAAAUGAUCAAAUCAUAACGGCUGAUGAAAUGUCAAUUUUUUACAAACAGUUCUUAGAUAAAAAUUGGAAAAAUCAUUUGAGUUAUUUGUUGACAUGGUAUAAAAAGAAUAUUUUAGUCACAGUUCUUCAUUUACGAGUUAUGCUAGUUAAUUUUCAAAAAACAACUUUCGAUAAACUAUCAAAACUAAAAAGUUAA